UUGUUUCAUAUGUACGAGCUCGUUAAUACAUCAUUAAGAGCAUUACGGCUUUUAUAUAUUGUCUUGCAUCAUCAUGCGUUGGAAAUGAACUCUGGAAAUUAUAAACUAUCUACCGUUAUCUAUCCUUACAAUAAUUGUAGGGUUAUGAAAUGCAAUCUGACGUAGAACUACAACUCCCAUCACACCAGUCGCUUAAUGAUGACGCAGAGAAUUUUCACGAAGGUUGCAAAACAAUUGCGUCAGAAAAUUGCGCACUUCUUUCUAGAAAGGUGAACGACGAACAUUGCUGUCUCGGGUGAUAUACAGGAUACUAUACUGCAACCAUGUUGGUGGCUAGGCUAACAUGCCUGAGGAGUCUUCCUCUCGCCGGGCUCCGUCCUGUGCUGUCCCAGGGCUCAUCAGCCCUGAGAGCACCGACCAUGAAGGCCUGUCCACCCCUGCUCAGGCCCCAGCAGGGUUAUUCCACCAAGGCCAGAUUUGGUUUCCGACGUGGAAAGACAAUCAAGGAAGCAGCUUUUGAGCCAGCAACAGACACAGCCAUCAAAAUUGACAGCAUGGGAAGAAUAUUCCUGGCUGGAGGUGCAGCAGUUGGCCUUGGAGCUCUGUGCUACUACGGACUGGGCAUGUCCAAUGAAAUCGGUGCCAUUGAGAAAGCAGUGAUCUGGCCUCAGUAUGUGAAGGACAGAAUCCACUCCACCUACAUGUACUUUGCAGGCAGUAUUGGGCUGACAGCUUUGUCUGCUGUAGCAGUGAGCAGGACACCAGCACUUAUGGGCCUGAUGAUGAGAGGAUCCUGGCUAGCCAUUGGAGCAACUUUUGCAGCCAUGAUUGGUGCCGGCAUGCUGGUUAGGUCCAUUUCAUAUGAGAACAGCCCAAUGCCCAAACACCUUGCUUGGAUGCUCCAUGCAGGUGUGAUGGGGGCCGUCAUCGCCCCCCUCACUCUCCUGGGAGGGCCUCUGAUGAUGAGAGCCGCCUGGUACACUGCAGGAAUCGUGGGAGGUCUGUCCACUGUGGCCAUGUGUGCCCCGAGUGAGAAGUUCCUCAAUAUGGGUGGGCCAUUGGCUGUUGGCUUCGGAGUGGUCUUUGCUUCUUCUAUUGGAUCAAUGUUCCUGCCGCCCACCUCAGCGUUCGGAGCCGGCCUGUACUCGGUGGCCAUCUACGGAGGCCUAGUCCUGUUCAGCAUGUUCCUCCUCUAUGACACACAGAAAGUCGUCAAGAGGGCAGAGACACACCCACUCUAUGGUGUGCAGAAAUAUGACCCCAUUAACGCGUGUAUGGGGAUUUACAUGGACACACUGAACAUCUUCAUGAGACUGGUGAUGAUUCUGUCUGGCGGUGGCGGUGGCAGAAGGAAGUAAACAGCAGAAUUCUGACUUUGGUUUCAUUUUUACCUUCCACAGAGCUGAACAAAAUCAUAUUUUAUCACUAGCAACAUACACCGUCUGUUAUCUCUUAGUGACAAGGCUUGUCUAACUGGAAACUAUAGAGAAAUUCUUUGCAAGAGUCUAAAGAUGAGGAUUGCACGCUUCGGUGCAAAGGAGACAAAUCAUUGUAUAUUGAUAACACACAGAGAGCUCUUACCUCGAUUGUGGAAGUAUCUGGUUGAUCCUGGGGUGAACAGAUGGGUUAAAUCUGUCAGCUUUAUUCACCUGCCUCAGAUGUCUGUUGUAUUCUUUAUGUUUUUUUUAUUUAUUUCAACUUAAUGGUGUUUCUGCUUCUCAUAAAAGUUCAAUAUCUGGUAUUUGCAACGGAAAUGCUACACGUCAACCAUGGACUGGAUAGUACAGUAAAUUUACUGUGCACUUGCUCCAGUGUUCUCUGAUAUUGCACUUCCGUGAUGGGUUAAAAGAGGUUGGCACUAGUUCAUAUACUAUUUUGGAGAAAAUAAUCGAUAAUUUGAAGAAUGGAAUAACUCAAUAAACAACUCAAAAGUGA